GCUGUAUUAUUUAUGUACGUGGACAUGAACGUCAUGUUUGUUCUGCCGUUGGGAUGAAUUAUGAGGGGUACCGAUACUGGAUGGAACCAUUUAUAUGGUUCCUUCAAUGCUGAGUUUGGUAGGGGAAGAUUCAUGAUGGAGAACUUCAGAUUACCCCUCUUCAAGUUUAAGUAGCAUUUGCUCAAUUCUUGUUGUUCCCGUUCUUCUUCUAUCGUUCAUUCCACAUUGACAACAUGCCUUCAUUUGAUGAACCAGUCGUGGCCUUCAUCGGUCUUGGAGCUAUGGGGAUGGGCAUGGCUACGAAUCUCCUCAAAACAUUCGCUGUUACUGGCUUCGAUGUCCACGAACCCACCCUCGAGAGAUUCAGAUCUGCGGGCGGAAACACGGCUACCACGCCUCGAUCUGCCGUCGCCAAUGCAAAAUACAUCGUGAUCAUGGUAGCGACAGCUGCGCAAACGCUUUCGGUUCUUUUUGACGAUGUCACUGGAGCUAUUGACGAAUUGCAGCCGAAUGCUACGAUAAUAUUAAGCUCCACCGCUUUCCCCGAACACGUACCGGAAGUUAGAGAAUUGCUCGACAAUAAAUAUAACAGGAGAGAUGUGGAAUUGGUAGAUGCACCUGUGUCCGGAGGAACCGGUCGAGCAGCUCUUGGUACGCUUGUGGUUCUCGCUUCGGGGCCGGAAAAAUCGUUGAGAGCCGCGAAUCCGGUAUUGGACGCCAUGGCAGAUCCAUUACAUCUAAUCCCUGGUGGGUUGGGGGCGGGUACCAAGGUUAAAAUGGUACACCAAGCUCUCGCGGGUAUACACAUGAUUAUGGCAUCAGAAGCAAUGGGAUUUGCUGCAUUCCUGGGACUUAAUACCAAGCAGGCUCUUGACUAUCUUGUUAAGUCAUCUGGAGAGAGCUGGAUGUUAGGAAAUAGGGUACCACAUAUGUUGGAGAAUAAUCUUCAUCCAUUUUCGGCUUUGAAUAUUUUUGUCAAAGAUAUGGGUAUAGUGACAGCCGAUGGCCGUCGAGUCAAAUGUCCACUGUUCCUUUGCUCUGCAGCCGAGCAAGUAUUGGCGUCCGGCGUACGUUCUGGGUUUGGUCUAGACGAUGAUUCUGGGCUUAUCAGAGUUUAUAUGCCCACCCGGCCAAGUCUUGUCUCCGAACAGACUGCAGCCUUUACUACAAGUGCGGAUGACCCGAGAUUGAAGCUAGUUGAAGAUAUACUAGCAGGUGUACAUUUAGUCGCAGCAGUAGAAGCAAUGGCUUUUGGUCAAGCUAUUGGUCUAGAUACCGGGAUGCUUUACGAUGUAGUAAAAGGGGCGGCUGGAGCAAGCGCCAUGUUCGUGGAUAGAGUGCCAGCUUUGCUAAGUGGAAAGUGUGCCUCGAAAUCCUCCAUUAAUGAUGUUAUUGCUCGUCUAAAUACAGCAAUCGAGGAAGCAAGCCGUCUCAGGUACCCUCUACAUCUCACAGCCACAGCACUACAAAUAUCACAAUUGGCGAGAACUCGAGGUUCUGGGAACGAGCCUGAUGUAGCAGCUGUGAGGGUAUGGGAUGGCAUCGUCACAUUUACCAUACCUGGCCUUGCAUGAGGAAAUGGCUUCGUUAAGGAGCGAUACUUGAGCUUUGAUAGAGAUCAUUCCUCUUGGAUACUAACGCAAAGUCAAUCCGCAUAGGAUAAGGUUUGGAUGGCUGUAGAUGUAGUCAAAUAAAUUUGCUUCAUUGGCAAUUAUUACGCGGGAAUUUCCCGCACUAUACGAGAGCGUGUCUUUGAUGAAUGCCGGGUCCGUGCACAAUAACAUUUCCUUAUUAAAAUAAGCACAAACUCAUCUAUUUUGGAAUUCAAUAGCAAUUGAAGUAAAAAUAAUAUUUGAAAAAUCUUUUCAAAUUCGAAUAAU